AUGGCAGAGGAUCUGGGCGUGGUUUUAGUGUUGGGAGUUUUGGUGGAGGCUUUGGUGGAGGUUCCAGGGGUUGUGGGGAGUGGCCUUGGCGGUGGUGCUGAAGGCGGAGAUGGGGGCCUCCUGCUUGCUGAUGAGAAGACCACCAUGCAGGAACUUAAUAGCCGGCUGGCCCCCUCCUUGGAUAAGGAUUACUCUUGUUAUUAUGACCCCAUCCGGGAUCUCAAGAACCGGACUGUGUACAUCACAGUGGACAGCAACAAGAUUCACCUGGACAUCGACAACAGUCGCAUGACCCUGAAUGACUGCAGGAUGAAGUGUGAGAUGGAGCAGAGCCUGCGGCAAGCAGUGGAGGCUGACAUCAAUGGCCUGCAGAAGGUGCUGGAUGAUCUGACCGUGCAGAAGUCUGACCUGGAGAUGCAGUAUGAGUCUCUGGGGGAGGAGCUGGUGGCCCUCAAGAAGAAUCAUGAGGAUCCGAAACUUUCCUCCAUCUAG